AUGAAUUUGCUGUGGGGUGGUUCUGGCUCAAAAGGUCAAGUCUCCAGUUUUGAAUUUUCUUUUUUUAGCCCCUUCGCUUUACUUCAUCAUUUCAGAGACUCAUUUGCUUCAAAGGCAAUCAUCAAUGAAUACGAUGUUACCAGCUUGGUAUUUUUAUCACCAUUGUAUUCGCCACGUGGAAAUGCUUUGAAUCCCCUAUUCUUGAACUACAUCGGAAAGAGUUUGUCUAUGAUCUUUUCAAUCUUUAUUGCAUUCCAAAUUAUACAACUUUUUCGUUCCAGAACAUUUUCAAACAGAUCAUCAGUUGGAAUUUCGUGGUCGCAAUUUGUGCGAGUUGUUUUGGUCGUUACUCAACUCGUUUUGUUGCUUGGCCUCUUUUACCUUGUUGGGAAUGAUGAAAUAAUUUACGACAUAGUGGCCACAUCACUUGCCGCAGUGUUGCAUUUAGUCGAAUAUAAAAAGUCAACAGUAGCAGUCGCUUCACUACUCUUUUUUUGGUUCGUCAAGACAUUAUUUCAAAUUGUCGUGGUGGUUCAGGAUACUUUUUCAAAGCACCAUAUCCUCCUGACCGAUUCCACGAGCUUUGCUUUGGAAAGUGCGACGCUUAUUACAUCCAUUUUGAUAUUGAUUCUUGAAGCUGGGUUUUAUACACCAGGAUUUGAAGUUCAAGACCAUGAUAAUAAAGCUUCCAUUUUCUCACUGCUUUCGUUUAGCUUUAUACAACCGGUAAUUGACAAAGUGUACCUGACAGAUGACAUCAAGCUUACAGAUCUUCCAGAAGUGUCAGAUAAUCUCACGUGUGAUGAGGUGGCCCCUAUCUUGAAGCAUUAUUGGGACUAUGAGCAAACACUCAAGUCUCAUUUUCUUAGCAAACUUUGGUCUCGGGUAAGAAGAGAGAAAUAUGUAAAUACGCCAGUGUUAUUUGGAGCAGUAUUCAAAGCAUACUAUGGCUACUUGCUAACCAAUCUUUUGCUAGCAUUCGUUGAGACGGUUUUGCAAUUUUCACAACCAUUUGCGUUGAUGAAGUUUCUAGGAUUCUUUGAUUUGUAUCUUUUCAGCGCUGAAGAGGACAGGCCACCCAUUAUCAUUGGCUAUUACUGGGCUGUAGUCAUGUUUUUGAUUGCCGUUGGAAAUUUUGUCACUUACAAUCAGAUGACCAUAUUGCAGAACAAGUUGGCAUUCAGCAUAAGAAGCUCUCUUACGACCUUGGUUUUCCAAAAGGCAUUGAGUUUUUCACCUGCAUCAAGACAAAAAAAACCUACUGGUGAUAUAAUCAACAACAUUUCAGUUGCUAUUGGUCAAAUCAAUGGAUUGUUUUUGAUGUUAGGAGAUUAUGCUGCUGCACCAAUCAAGCUCAUUGUGUGCCUCGUUGCAUUAUACAAAUUCUUUAAAGCUGCGUCAUUCUUUGGUUUGGGUGCCGCAUUGUUGUCGGUACCACUAGUUACAUUGGUGAAUGCAACUGUGAUUACAAGCUACAAACAAAUGAUGAAGGAUAAGGACGAUAGGACGACUUUGAUUACUGAAAUAAUCAAUCUGGCCAAAAGCAUCAAGUUGUAUUCGUGGGAAAAACCAAUGUUGGAAAGGUUAAGCCAUGUUCGAAACAAUAGAGAGUUGCGAAACCUCAAACUGAUUGGGGUCAUUAUUGCUCUUGCUCAAUUUUUAUGGACGUGUGUCCCAUUUAUUAUUAGUUGCGCCUGUUUUGCGGCAUUCACAUGGUUGUACAGUAUCCCCUUGACUCCUGAAAUUGUGUUUCCGGCAUUGAGUUUGUUUGGAUUGUUGAUGGAACCAAUGAUGAUCAUACCUAAUUUGGUGGUGAGCGUGGUGGAAACAAAAGUGUCGUUAGGCAGAUUGACCGAGUUAUUGACGUUGGAGGAGAUUAGUCCAGAUCAGAAUGGGAAAAUCAAAAGAGAGCUUGUGCCAAAGGGUGAGUACUCGGUUAAGAUUGAAAAGGCCAAUUUUGUGUGGAACGUUAAUGAGCCAGACCAAUCCUAUAAAGAUGAAGAAGACGAGGUUGAAGGACAGAGCUCGAACAAUGUGGCAUUAAAAGAUAUCAACUUUCUCGCAAAGAGGGGAAAAUUGACUUGUGUUGUGGGGAAAGUUGGGAGUGGAAAGUCCACUUUACUAAACGCCAUUCUUGGGGACAUUCCUAUUCGAGGAGGUAACUAUGAAGACCAUGAGACCGACUCGCAACCAAAAGUUGAAGUAUACGGAUCUGUUGCUUACUGCCCGCAAUCACCAUGGAUUUUGAAUGGAACAGUGAAGGAAAACAUAUUGUUUGGCCACAAGUACGAUUCUGAAUUUUACAGGAAAACUAUACUUGCAUGUGAAUUAGUAUCCGAUUUCAAGACGUUACCCGACGGUGACAAAACUAAUGUGGGAGAAAAAGGGAUAUCAUUGAGUGGUGGUCAAAAAGCUCGUAUUUCAUUAGCAAGGGCUGUGUAUGCGAGAGCAGAUAUUUACCUUUUAGAUGAUGUCUUAUCUGCGGUUGAUGCUCAUGUCGGUAAGGCAUUGAUCAAGCAGGUUCUUGCCAGUGAUGGUAUUAUUGGAAACCGCACCAAGAUUUUGGCAACCAACUCGGUUCCUGUUUUACAUGAAGCGAACGAUAUAUAUCUCUUGUCUGGUGGCGCUGUAAUAGAACAUGGCAACUACGACGAUGUUAUGGGGAGGAAUGGUGAUUUGGCAAAUUUGAUCAACGAAUUUGGCAGACAAACAUCGAAUAACCUGAGGGAGAACACUCCUGAUAAAGAGCAACAGGAAAAGCACUUGAAGGAGCUUGAAGAUGCGGAAAUUGCUAAAACUACUCGUGAAACUAUUGAAGAGGAACUUACCCAUGAUGCUUUGCGUCGCGCGAGUAUUGUCUCCUUCGACCACGUGUAUGCUGAGGAUGAUGACGAAGAGCAUUAUGAUAAUGCGAAGAAUCGGAAAACCGAAGUACAGGAAGAAGACAAAGAAAAAGGUGCUGUUCCAUUGAAGACGUUUGCUCGGUACAUCAAAGAAUGUAAUGUUGGUUACUUUUCGAUAUUUCUAUUGUCAACUAUUGGAGUUAUGCUUCUCAAUGUUGUGGAGACUUACAUCUUGAAGGAUUGGUCUAAUAUCAACAAGGAACAAAAUUCCACGGUUAGGCCAGGAUUUUAUUUGGGAUUAUACUUUGGGGUAGGCGCUUUGGGAGGCGCACUAACUUACUUUGGUUUAUUUAUUUUCUGGUCAUUCUGUAUCAUCCGUGCCGCUGGAUAUUUCCAUGAUGCGAUGGCGAAAUCAAUUUUACGUUCGCCAAUGUCUUUUUAUGAUACUACUCCAGUGGGAAGGAUUUUGAACAGAUUCACGCAGGAUAUUUCCAACUUAGAUAUGAUGCUACCGUUUACGUUGAUUAGUUUCCUUCAGUUGAUUGUUCAAGCACUUAUUACAUUCACUGUUGUGAUUGCGUCCUUGCCUCGAAUGAUUGUUGUUAUUAUAGUUUUGGGGGUUAUUUACAAUUACUAUAGGGCAAGGUUCAUCCCGACCUCCAGAGAGUUAAAGCGUUUGCAAUCUGUCGUCAACUCACCCGUAUUGUCAGUCAUUCAGGAAUCGCUUAAUGGGGUUGAAACUAUAACAGCUUUUCACCAAAAGGAUAGGUUCAUUCACAAGUGCAAGAAGUUUAUUGAUGAACGAACCUUAGUCAAUAUAGUAAAUGUUGAUAUCAUGCGAUGGUUAUCGAUGAGAUUGCAGUCAAUCUCUGCCGCAACCUUAUUAGCGGCAUCUGUGUUGUCAGUGUACUCUUUAACUGGAAGCAAUCCUUUGGUCCCGGCAAUGGUUGGUUUUGUAUUGACGUACGUCAUCACGGUCCCUUCGAUCUUGACAAGUUUGAUAAAUUCGUGGAGCUCAGUUCAAGCUAGUGGUGUGGCAUUAGAAAGAAUCAUCGAGUAUUGCGAUUUGCCUUCGGAAGCACCGUUGAUAGUUGAGGAUAAGAGACCAGAUGACAAUUGGCCUGCACACGGUGUUGUAAAGUUUAACAACUACAGCACUAGGUAUAGAGAGAAUUUGGAUCCAGUAUUGAAGAAUAUUGUUUUUACAGUCGAAUCUCGUCAGAAAGUUGGUAUUGUUGGAAGAACAGGCGCUGGCAAAUCAUCGUUGACAUUAGCGUUGUUUAGAAUUAUCGAGGCUACUGGCGGUUAUAUUGAGAUUGAUGGGAUCAACAUUGGCGAGAUUGGAUUAUACGAUCUCAGACAUCAUUUAACUAUCAUUCCACAAGAUGCUCAUACAUUUAGAGCAUCAGUUAGAGAAAAUUUGGAUCCAUUUGGAGAAUACACCGAUGAGAAAUUGUGGAAUGCCUUGGCGUUGGCUCAUUUGAAAGAGCAUGUUGAAAAAAUGGAAUCAGAUCCUACCGAAGAAGAAAAGAGCCAGAGUAAGAAUCCAGAUGAGUUACCCAAAAAACGUGGCUUGGAUGCACGAAUCGACAAUGGAGGCUCAAAUUUGUCCGCAGGACAGAAGCAACUCUUGUGUUUGGUGAGGGCUUUAUUGAAUGAGACGAGCAAGAUUUUGGUUUUGGAUGAAGCCACUGCUGCUGUUGACUUCCAAACCGACAAGAUUAUUCAGGAAACCAUUAGAGAACAAUUCAAAGACAAAACGAUUAUAACCAUUGCUCACAGAAUCGACACCAUCAUGGACAGUGACAAAAUUUUGGUAUUGGAUCAAGGAAAAGUUGCUGAAUUUGAUGCACCACAAACUUUGUUGAAGGAUGAAAACAGUAUUUUCUACUCACUUUCAAAACAAGGUGGGUACAUUUGA